AUUAAUUUUUUAAAACAUACCUUGAACGGCUUGUACGCCUAUCAUGUUUGUAUGACUCAUCUCGUUCGUGAGACUGCUUUUUUAACUCCCAUUGUUUCCACAUUUCAUUUUGUUCUUGAAUCUAAUGAUUUAUAAAGUGUAUGAUUUAUGUACGUUUUCAACUAAAAAAUACGACUUAUAUAAGAAAAGCUUUCACAUUUUACCUUAUUAUGUGCAUCAGUAUGUCUUAUAAUGUUUUUCAAUAAACUUUUAUCAACACUUUUUCUCCCAUUCCAGCCGCCAUCUUGCUCCAUGAUUGUGCUAAAAAGUGAGAUUCACGACACUUUCCGGGAAUAUCCGAUAACCUACGAAUUCUCUGUGGCUGUCCAUCAAAUAUAAAAAAUACACGGAAACGCAUUUAUUUUUCUUUAAAUAUUCCUCUUAAUUUCGUGAUUCUGUAAGAUAUGGAUAAUAACAUGGAUACGAUUGUCUUGACAGACAAUGUAGAGUUGAAAAAACCUUCAAACGUUUUGCAAACGCGAAAGAAAAUCUUGUGUUUUUUGUGUGUUUUGGCCAUUCUUGUGGUUUGUGCUGUGUGCCUUGGUGUGUUCUUGCGUCACGACAAAAAUCAUGAAAUUAAUAAACACAUCAGAUGGUGUGGUACAUCAGAUCUAUAUGACCAUGAGACUAAUUGCCGUGCUUUUUUAUCUACAAACUGUAAUAUCACCCUCAUAGAAAGUAUUCCAGAGAAUUUAACCUAUCCUGAUGGUGCACCAUCUCACCCCUCAAUAUACAGUGGUUGGUUACAGCUUCUGGAUGCAGCACAGUCAACCAUCUAUAUUGCAUCAUCAUAUUGGUCACUCAGAUCCGAGGAUAUACCAGUCAAAGAUCCCAGCUCAUGGCAGGGAGAUGAUAUUUUUAAUAAGCUGGAAGAAGCUGGGAAACGAGGUGAUAUAUAAUACUGCAUGUACAUUUAAACCAGGUGUACUUCUGUCAUGAUGGUGGCCCAUAAAAGACAUGAUACUCUGUGACAUGAUAUUUUCAAACUGCAAGCAGUUGUUUUUAAAAAGAGAUAAUAUAAUAACUAUUUGUGAAAGUACAGUUACAGUUACAACUUAAAAUGAAAUGGUGAAAUCUGUCCUUAUGGGCCACCAAAACUUUCUGUGGUUAGAAACCUAUCAUGAUGUCCCCUGUUAUAAUAAAAUACACACCCUCACCUGAUUCAUUCAAGGUUCAUGCACUAUUAUACAGAUAAGUAACACAUGGCACACCUAUACACAGGUGCAUUUUCACACAGCCAGGAUGUGAAAAGGAAAGGUGAUGAAUUUAGCUGCAUGAGUUUACAGCAAUUUAUAUAAGGUAAUUUAACUUUGAGGAGGCUAAUACGCAUAAUCAAGGAAUGAUUUACUGUGGGCUUUGGUUGAUUCUAUUUAAGGGGUUUAUUUUCCAUUGCCAUUAAUUAAUUUCAUAAUUAUCUUUAACAAUAAUAGUUAUGAAUUACUCUCCUUUUGUUAGCAAAAGUAGGGUAAUAUGGUUCCUUCAACAAGAUAUUAGUAGUUGAUUCGAAUUUACUACCAAUAUACCUUGUUAUAUUAGUUGUUAUGCUUGACCACAUUGGUCGAUCUUUUGAGAGGAAUGAGAACUCAUUUGUAAAUCUACUUAUAUGCCAAUCCAAGGCAUUGAAUAUUAAUGAAAAACAAUCACAUGCUAAGAGUGCAUAUGACAAUCCACUCAGUUUAUAUACCAAUUACCAAUUUUGUAUGUGUGACUCAAUAUAGUUUCACUGAGUUUUCAAUAAAAGCUGGUCAUUGACUGAAAUAAAUAAGAUAAUUAUAAAAUCAAUAAAAUUUAUUUGGUAGUUAACGAUUGAUUGUUAAAUGCCUUGAGAGGAUUAAAAAUACAUGUAUUCUUGGGGCAUAACCCUUUCUCCUCAGUUGUUGGGACCUGUUGGGUAAUGGCUUACUGUAGGUGCCACCUAUUUUUAUAAUGUUAAACUCUUGCGAAUGGUAAUUCUAUCAUAAUCCCUGUUUCUUAAAGUUUGUAGUCAACACGUCUUUAACUUGAAUAGUAGGCCUAAACAAGAACAGAAAUUAACUGUAUAUUAGAUUUUAGAUGUUUUGUAAUAUAAUUAGGGUUAUGAUCUUAAGAUUAGAUUAUUAUAAAGGGUUGUUCUGAAUCUUAAAGGUUAUAAAUUAAUGUGCCUAGAAACACACCCAACUUUUUUACUCUGACUGUCCAAUUCCAGGUGAUUUUAAGAGGACCCCCCUCCCCCCAGGGACGUCAUGAAGACAUCAACAUUGGGGGGGGGGGGGUGUUGACAUGUUUUGACCAACUUUUCCUAGAAUUUGACCAAGUAGUAGAAAUGUUUCCCGAAAAUGUUGUCAACGGGGAGAGGUGGGGGUGUCAAACAAUUUUGCAGACUAACAUAUUAGCAAAGCUACAAAUAUUUUUUGACCAAAAUAAGCAAAGCUUGCAAUUGUUUCAGCGCAAACAUGACCAAAGCUUAGAAAUUGUUAAAAUUGCAAACGAUUUCAUAACUUUGUCUUUGAACAUCUUUUAUCUCAAACUUUGACCAAAUUUUACCAACUUUUACCUUCAAUUUAAGCAAUUAUUAGUUCCAUUUUGACCAACUGUGACCAACGUUUUGAAUUAUUGGGGUGUGUUACACCCCUCCCCCCCCUGUAGCGACGUCCCUGCCUCCCCCUAUGAAUCCCCUGGUUGCUAUGCCCAUACCGCAUAUGAUACAGCACUGUUAUUCACGUUUUUAAAUUUGUAUCCAAAAAAUUAAUGAGGAUCAGUAAUUUCAUUACUCAGACGUAUAGUUUCAAAUUCAAUACUCAUUAUAAUUUCAGUAGCUGUGUACUCAAAGCCAAGGUGGAAAAUGCGAUUUUGACUGGCCACUUUAAAUUGGCUUGUAUUUGACCAUUGGGCUAUUCCAAUUAUUAGCUGCACUCCCCCUGUUGAGGAACCUUGGAAUUCCAGGGGAGGGGAUGCAUUAACUUUGGAAUUUCCAGGGGAGAGGUGCAUUAACUUUAAAUUUCCAGGGGAAGUGGGUACAUUAACCUUGGAAUUUCUAGGGGAGGGGGUGGAUUAACCCUGGAAUUUCCAGGGAAGGGGGCAUUCAGGCUCUGGAUUCCAAGGGGAGGAGUAAUUCUCACAUGGAAUUUCCAGAGGGAGGGGUAAAUUUCAUGGGAUAGAAACCCCAUGGGAGGACAUAUGUUAGAGGAAAUUUCCGGGAGCAAAUGUGUCCCAUGAUGGAAAUUCCAUAGGGAAGGGUAAUUUAUACAUGAAAAUUCCAUGGACAGGGCCAAAUUUUAAAUGGAAAUUCCAUGGGAAGGCCUAAUUUAAAAUCGAAAUUCCAUGGGCAAGGGUAAUCUUUACAAGGAAAUUCCAUGGGAAGGUGUAAAUUUUACAUGAAAAUUUGCGGAAAUUCCAGGGGAGUACCAACGUGAGAAAGGGGUUCCUCAACAGGGGGGUGCGGAUAAUAAUUGGAAUAGCCCAUUUUUUAUUGCAAUCAUUCCAAAAAAGAUGUUAUUUGACAGCUAAAUGUCUGACACGAAAUAUAAAUAUAAUUUUAUUGUCACGAAAUAUAAAAUCUAUAACUCAACAGACAACUUGGAUUAGCUUUUUUUUAUCACACCUGCAAGCUAGGAUAUUCUUGCCGUAUACUAGUCUAUAAAGUAUACGAGUCGAUAAAGUAUACGAGUCUAUAAAAUUGACAGUAAAAACGAAAACAAGUUGAAACAAAAUACCUUGUUCACCUAACACACGAUACGGAUUACUUGGAGGAUACGGAUGAUCAAUAAAAAUACGUAAUUAUGAACAUUUAUGUUUGCCAGACAUGUGAAAUUGCAAAAUUAGUGUAUUUAAAGUUCUUUCAUAAACCACCCACUGGCCAUAGCCCGGCGCGUUCGUUGUUUCACUUUCGUUUUACUGUAAUUCCUAGUAUUCCAUUCUCGUUUCCAAGAACGAUUGACAUUGUAUAAAUUUGAAUAAAUUUCAAGGACUGCAUUUACAGUACAUGUAUAAAUUACUGAGGGCACAAAUGUUAUCAAACUUUGAGGUCGCUGACGAGAUGUAAAGUUCGAUCUAAGAAAGAGGCGGCAAAUAUCCUCCCUGGACUACGUGGUCCUCUUUUAAUCAGGGUUCGUACAAAACUUGAAAGUCCUUGAAUGUCCUUGAAUUUGAAAACAAAAAUUCAAGGCCUUGAAUGUCCUUGAAUUUGUAAAGAAGUACUUGAAUGUCCUUGAAUUCUUCUUGCUUUAGUUUUUGGAUAUUUUCUGAAAUUGUUUGACAUUUAAGACGGACAUUUUGUUGAACUGAUUUUGCAUGUUCAUAUCUGACCUCGUUAUAAAGUUACGUUUUGAACAAUUCCACGUCAGAUUUUGCUGAUUUCUAACACCUUCAGUAUUUAGUCCUUGAAUUUGCUAUUAAAUACACGGCCUUGAAUGUCCUUGAAAAGUCCUUGAAUUUAACUCUUCCUGACCUGUACGAACCCUGUUUAAUAUUCUCUAACGAGAAUAACACUCGGCAUUUUGUACACGAUUUUAAUAUGGGAAUUGUUUGCUGUAAUUGCCAUUAGGGACCUGCAAGCGACGUUUUUGUGAACACGGACGUCAGAUUGCCGAGGGGGACUGGAUUAAAAACUGUGUUUUUAAAAUGUUCAACACAUAUGACAAAACAUAAGAUUUGUAAAGUUUUUUGCUUCCUUAUUUAAGGCACGCGUUGUUCUUCUUCUGACGCAUGUGAACGAGUGGAUGAAUUAUGGAUGUUCAGAUGAAUUUACAUAUAAACCUCAGAUCAUUCAUAAAGGCUCGUUUACACGGGCGAUUUUUGCUGCGAUUUUAGUUGCAAUUUUCUCCUUUUGGAAGAUGUGAAGGAGUGGAUGAUGUCAUUAUGAGAUCAGGGUUGCCAGGUGGUCUGAGCCCGAAAGAGCCAAAUGAUACGUGAAAAGCAGCCAAAUCCGGCCAAAAGAAGCCAAAAUCGAAAUUUAGAGUGGGGACUGGGGUUGACCUAAUUAUACGAAUUAUAUACCCAUAAAACUGGUAAAAACCCAUAUCCGGACCGUGGUCCGUAUUUUCCGUAUCUGGACCGGUGUCGGGAUGUCGUUUAUCUGGCGGGAAAUUUUUGCUUUGCAAACAGAAAAAAUUUUUGCUUUUUAAUUUUCCAAUUGUGUGUCAUUAAAAUUUACAGAUAAAAUAUCAAACUUGGCAACCAAAUUGUUUUUGAUUGAGCAUGCAUGCCUACCGUAUAUUGUUAACCAGUGAAACUGACGAUAGCCGAUUUAAUUCGCGCGAAAAGCUCACAGACUCAGUUCAGCCAUAUAAUAAACCGAUUAUUAACCUCGCUUGUUCAGUCUGUACUGUGAAAUAUCAGACCUCUGUUUUUUGCAUGGACGUCGCUCCUUCGUCGCUCGAUCCAUACUAAAAAACCUCGGUCUGAUAUUUCACAGUACAGACCUCACGCUCGGUUAAUAAGCCGUUAUUAUACAGUCACAUGUAUAUAACAAUUCAUAAUGUUUCCAUUUCUUUCUAUUUGAAAAUAUUCUGCACGGCUUCUCUGAAACAAGUACUUCGCCAAAAAACAAGGCAGGGAUUAAGCAGAGAGUUUAGGUACAUUAAUGUCAUUGCCAAUGACCAUAAAAUCCCGUACGUGUUAUCACCAAGUGUCGAAGCAUUUAGAAAAUGUUGGAAGAUAGAAAGGCACAUGUCCAAAAAGUAACAUGCCAGAAGACUUAAAAUAAUGGCGAAUGCGGUUAUUGUUGAUCGUAGGAUCUUCUUCUGUGCCACAGUUUGAUUGCUUGCAGGAGUAUGAGUGGUUUGAAUUGCCUUCCGAUGUCGGGCAACGAGUUUAUAUGUCCAAGACCAGGUAAAAACCACAGUGACGAUUGCUAAUAGUGUAAUACAAAACAAUCCGUAUAAAACAAAGUGGUAGUGUUGAAAAAUAGCCAGGUUUUUUAGCAAAAUGAGAAGCCAAGAAAUGGCAAUCACUAAAUUCAAACGGGACUUUGUAAUUAUACUUUGCCAACGAUACGGAUAAGCCAGGGUUAUAUAACUUUGCAAGCUAAGAAUAACAAUUGUUAUCAGUGAUAGUUCCAAGAACAAGAACGAUAAUAUGGUAUCAAGUCCCCAUAAAAUGCAACUAUGGUUUCCCAGCAAACCACGUAAGAUGGCGACCACAAAUAUGGGUUGCGCAAAAGCAGUUACGCUGACGUCUGUGAUGGCAAGCAGCAAGAAGAUCGUGUUCUGGACUGUUCGCAGACAAGGGUUACGAUAGUACGCCAUUAUGACAAGACCGUUGGCCAGUGUUCCAAAGAGAGAUAUGGCAAUAUUUGUCAUCGCCAGAGCAGCUUGUAAUGACAUUGCUUUUAUUCCAGUAGGGAAAUGUUGAAAACUAACACUUUUAUCGCCUAUAUCACAUAGUGUGAUGGAGCUUGGCGGGAAUCCUGCCAUACUCGAUAUUUUUCCAAAUGUACUCGGAACUUUACUCCUAUAGUUCCAUAUUCCCGUAAUUCUUCGGCACUAUAUCAUACUAACAUGCAAUAAAAUUCGAAAUAUAUGUCGAAAUAUACAACAGGCAACAGCUUUUUUCAUUGUAAGUGUAAAGCUUUCUGUUUAAUAUUAACCUUUCAGUAGAUUUUAAUUAUCACUCCGUUUCAUCUACGUCUAUUAACCGUAGUUUCAUUAAAGUUAUACGAGCAAGUUAAUGAAUUUGUUAAUUAAAAAUAUAUACAAUUACUAAAUUAUUCUGCACUUGUUAUAAGUGAAAAUGAUCUAAAGUGUAUAUGACUUAAAUCGCGAUUUACACAUGCAAUUUUUUGUCGCUGAACUUUGGUCUAGACCAAUGUAGCAGUAAGUCUAAAAAACGGUCAGUGGUACAAACUGAGGUCUCAAAAUCUACCCUCCGUAAUUAAAUAACAUGUGGCUAAACCAGAACUUAGGGAUAAAAGUCGCAGCAAAUAUUGAAAGUGUAAACGGGCCUUCGGAGACCUUAAAUUAAGUUUCGUAUCUAAUUUUUUAUACUGUACGUCAGAAGUAAUAAAUUUUGUGGAGAUUAUUCAUUGCAAAUUUUAAGAUGUUUAAUUAAGGUGGCUCCCUACAGUUUUAAAAAUGUGGAAAAUGCAUGAAUUGAUCAACUCUUUGAAGAACCAUUGCUUGCUAGAAAUCAAGCGCGUUUUAUUUCUGGCACAGCAUGAAGCAUAAUCAUCAUGCCGUAUUUUAAAUAAUUUCGUUUGACGAAAACAACAAUAUAAAAUUAUAUGCACUGACAUCUCAAUGACAUUGUAUGUAAAUAUUUAAUAACAAUAUAUAUAUAUAUAUAUAUAUAUAUAUAUAUAUAUAUAUAUAUAUAUAUAUAUAUAUAUAUAUAUAUAUAUAUAUAUAUAUAUAUAUAUAUAUAUAUAUAUAUAUAUAUUAUAUAGUAGAUAGUGAGAUACUGAAAAAUACACAGUGAGAUAUUUUCCAUAUCUUCAUUAGUGAAGAUAUUGAUCACGUGACUUUUUCCAAUUUGCUUUUGAGCGUGAAAUUUCACAAUUUUUUGCCUGGGACUAUAUAAUUGCGCUCGUUCGUAAAAUAUUGUUUUCACCACUCGAAGAUAAAAGUCAUAUCUUCGUGCCGCCGUGUAAUAUCCUCUAUAGAUGACGACAUAACAUCGUGGUCGUUACAUUAGAGCGGUUCAGAUUUGACUUCCACUACCACUACCUUUCACUGGCUUAGUACGCAUCUGAUUGGUUAAUCGGAUAGUUCAAAUGCAUCUGAUUGGUUAAUCGGAUAGUUCAAAUGCAUCUGAUUGGUUAAUCGGAUAGUUCAAAUGCAUCUGAUUGGUUAAUCGGAUAGUUCAUCAUCUUUGUUUACGUUUGGCUACACAACCUCGUUUUCGUAUUAUGCAAAUCAUAUGCAAUUGAUAUAACUUUUGGUAUUUAUUUUGUACGUCCAUGAUUAGGCACAUGUAAAAUUUACUAUUGGCACAGUAUAGGGAAACAACAGUAGGGCCACACAGCAUCAAAAAGUGUCCGCAUUGUUUACUGGCUGCUAACCUAAUUAACGUAUUGGCAGCCAGUAAACGGCAGCAGUUCACUAUAAAAUUGUAUUACAGAGGAAAUGGUUUUGACCGCGCCAGACGUCUGGGACCUAGCUUAAAAAUGUCCCACUUUUGUCUCUCCUGAGCGGCCCUACUGGUUGUCUCCCUAUACUGUGCUAUUGGUAUGCAAUUGAUAUAACUUUUGGUAUUUAUUAGGCACAUGUAAAAUUUACCAUUUAGAUAAAAAAUACUUAAGUUUAAAUUAAGGCUCGUGCAAUGACAAUAACACGUUUUGUUAUGGUAGUAUAUGAAACUGUUGGGACUAAUGUAAACAAAUUAACAAACUUGGGCUUAUCUAAAUAUCUAAUUUAAUAGAGCUAGCCUUGAACCUGUUCUUUAUUUUAUAUAAACAGAACUAAUCCAAUAGGAUUCUGUUUUCUGAAGGUGUGGGGCAAAAAUUGUUUCCUCCUAGCUGAAUGAACUUUUGAACAUUCAUGCAUGCAAUUAUUAUCUACAGAUGCAAAAUGGUGAAUUGUACUAUUUUUUAUUUUCAGGUGUCGAGAUCAGAAUCGUGCACCAAGUUGAUACAAAAUCACAACCAAAUCUAGACACAAAAAUCUUAGAAGAAAAGGGACUCGCUAAAGUUCGUGUUUUAGACCUAGAACGACUGAUAGGAGCCGGUAUUAUACAUAGUAAGAUGUGGUUAGUUGACAAUAUGCAUUUCUAUCUUGGCAGUGCAAACAUGGACUGGAGAUCACUCACACAGGUUUGAUAUUUUCAGCGUACUGUAGUUUUAUUGUAUUUGCUUGGUUAUUUAUACUGUUUUAUAACCCAAUCCGGUGUAGAAAUCAGGGUGCGGCGAUUAAAGAAUUUAGUUGUACCUGACUGGUACUCCUGCAAUGGUUGUUGCUGCGUACUUACGCUAGUACAAACUCAAUACUCUUUAAAAUAAGGUUCAUAAAGUACACGUUUCUGAAACGUAUGUUCAUACUACGAGAUAGAAAAAGAAGCACAAAAUUGCAUAUACAAACAAGCGACUCCAACGUUUCUUAGUGCCAUCAGUCCAAUCAUGCUUCAUGCCAAGACAUCUCAGAGAUUCAGACACAUGAUAUACCAACUAAAUUACGGCUGAUGCUUGUGAUGUUACUCUGAGUGUAUAUCCACACCGGGCAGGCUUGAAAAAUAUGCCUGGCCACGGUGGGAAUCGAACCUACGACCUUUGGAAUUCUAGCCCAUUGAUUACCUUGGGCUUGGAAAGGUCAUGUGGUACCAGCAAAAAGUAAAUACGCAGGUGCGGAUGUCUUUUAUGAUCUUUUUAAUAAAUAAUAAAACACUUAGUUUGUUGAAUUUCUCACUCAUUUCCCAACAGGCUACAAGGCUAUUGCCUGUUGGGAAAUUGAUAGGGGAUCCGUACCCAUGCACUAUUUAAUUAACGUCCUUAUCCAAGACGACGCGAAAGUCUAACCAGUUAUUGAUGUCAAUGUAAAGGUAGCUCUUUCUCCUCAAUUAUUUUAAGACCUUUAGUAGACAUCCGACCAGGGAUUGAGCCCGGGUCACGGGGCAAGCGUGGUGACCACGACACCACAAAGUGCUGGCAAAAACAUACCAUGCUCAACCUCUUUGUUCGUUGCAAUGCUGCAUCAUCUAUAAUUUUGGUUAAUUUCACUUGUUCUGUUGUUUCUUUCAGGUUAAAGAACUUGGCCUGCUGACGUCAAACUGUAGUUGCCUAGCAAAUGAUAUGUCUAAAAUUUUUGACAUUUAUUGGAUGUUAGCCGAACCAAACUCCACAAUCCCAGAGCACUGGCCUGUUAGUUUGGAGACUUAUUAUAAUAAAGGUGACAUGUUGAAAAUGUAUUAGUACAUAAGUCGUAACCAAAUUAAUAAGGUUCGCAAAUCAAGAUACCACCAUCUUACCGCCCGGUUUAGUUUGUGACUUUCCCGUUUAAUAUGUUAAAUCCACCGUUCUUUAUUGAAAUUCUAGCCUGGUUACCUUGCGGUGUCCAAAUGUGGUCAAAUAACUUUCUUAAAACUUAGUGGAUAAUUUGGACACCACAUGGUGCUAUUCACACACUACUGACCAGUGACAACAUUCCUAUAUCAUUCCUAGUUGGGCAAGACUACAUCCUUGUACAUUUAGUAUUUGAAAAAGAUAGUAAGGUCACGUAGUAAGGUACGAGACUAACCCCCCAGCUAUUCAAACACAGCACUGACGUGCAUGACACUCAAGGGAAGCUCAGAUUGAACCUCCACUCUUUGAGUGUGAGUGAGUUUUUAGGAUACAGGCAUUAGUGUCUCAAUUCUUAGACCGGCAUGUCUAAUACUGGCAAUAGGUAAUUGCUCAGUAUAAGAGGAUGGGUAUGUCAAACCAGAGAUCUUAGGUUAAGCAAUUCCCGGUUGUAAAUUAAUUUCAUGCAUUCAGAAAAUAAUUUCUCGGCUAGUGUAGACAUACAGUUACUUUCUUGUCUUAUUAUUUCAGAUUCUCCAAUGCCACUGAGGAUCAAUGGUGAUGGACAAGGCAAAGUUUAUCUAUCUUCUUCCCCACCUCCACUAUGUACUCAUGGUAGAACAACAGAUAUUGACUCAAUUCUUGAUGUAAUACACAAAGCAAAGAAAUUUAUUCAUAUCUCAGUCAUGGAUUAUUCACCAACAUUUUUAUAUACCUGGCCAGAGAAGUGAGUCAGUCGAAAUGUGUUUUUAUUAACGCCAGCGGGAAAAUGUUUGAGAAUUGAGUUAGCCUGACUUUAGCCUGCCUCUCCGUUUUGUUUGAAGCAGAAGCUCAUGGACGGAAUACUUGUCCAGCACUAUUUUUAAAUAUACUGCGGUUAGGUGUACAGAACUUUGUCUGGUCGGCUAAUCUUAUAUAAAGAUACGUUUACACACUACGAUUAAUCAGGUCGAUUCAGCUUUAAUUAAAUGAUAUUUGAAAAAUACGCAGUCAACGUCAUCUGACGACAUCGUCAACUGACAACGUUCUUCAUUAACGAUUUUUUUUGUGUUGGUGUAUACCAGAUGUCUCACUCAGCCAAAAUUGUGUCCGCGAUUUUUUAUGAGCACGCGUUGGCCGCCAUUUUGGCAGUAAGUCUAAUCCACGCCAUGAAACGUGGGCAAUCACGCAUUUUGGCAGUAAUCGCCAUUUUGGCAGUAAGUGUCGCACGCGUCAUCUGACGUGAUAGCCUCGCGAAAAUCGCGGACACGAAAAUCAUAGGGAUAGAUACACAGUGAGACAUCUGGUAUGAUCUAUUAUAAUCUAUGGUGUAAUGUACUCAGGUCAACACAAAAAAAUCAUGAUUAUUAGAUUAUAUUGAUAUCGAAGGAACUAGAUUCUGUUCCGAAAUAUCACAUACUCGAACCAACCUGACCGCGUAGCUCAGUUGGCAGAGCAUUGGGCUAGUAUUCCAAAGGUCGUAGGUUCGAUUCCCCCCGUGGUCAGGCAUAUUUUUCAAGCUUGCCCGGUGUGGAUAUGCACUCAGAGUAACAUCACAAGCAUCAUUCUUCAUUAACAUUUGGCAAAACCUGAAAUCGGCCCGAUUAAUCAUUGUGUGUAAUCGUAGCUUUAACCGAUCGUAAUUCGUCUGGUAUACCAGACUGGAUUUAGCAGCUAACGCUUUAACGCCUUCGUUCGCAAAAUGGGAAUCUUCCCUAUGUGGAUUUUUGGGCGUCUCACUCAAUUGAACUAAUGGUGAAGGGUUUUGUAGAUGGAAUUUCAACUAUAGGCCCUCUGGUAGGAAUCGAACCUGCGGACACUGCGAACCUGCGAACACUCAAUUUUGACAAUAUGAAACAUAACUCAAAAAAAUGUCUUCGGUGCCUGGUCCCGUGUUGUAAUUUGCCAGCUUCAAGCGAAGCGGGCAAGUUUGGACCACACAGGGCUAACUGUUAAUUCUUUUUGGCUACUUGCAAAAAAACUAAAUAUACAGGCAUGCUUUGUUGUGAAGGGGGGAGGCGUAACAGAGGGGCUUCAAAAUUUCUCAUUUAAAAAGGAGGGCUCGUUAAAGGAGAAGAGGGGUAAAUAGAGUAUUAGAGUAUAUUUCGAGUUUCCGUAUUGCACCCUGCCCAGUCCUUCAAGGAUUGACGUGCUUGUUUUCUCUGACGUAGGUAUUGGGCUGUUAUUGAUGACGCUUUACGAACAGCAGCAUUUGAUCGAGGUGUUGAGGUUCACUUUAUGGCCAGUGAUUGGGUUCAUACUAAACCUGCAAUGAUCCCGUUCUUGAAAUCUUUGGCCGUUUUGAAUGAUGUGAGCAAUGUGGAUGUUGAAGUGGUACGUUUGGUUUGUUCUAUACAUUAGCAUACAACGAGUAGUAUGCACCUAUUACUUUUCAUACGGCAGAUGCCAGUAUAGGUAGCGAAGAAUAGAAACUGCGCCUCUGUACAAGAUGAAAUCUGAAAAAUACAAAAAGAAAUUUGACAUUUCGAGUGAAGGCCUUCUAGAAGUUUCAGUGUUAUGCGAUUUCUAAUCAGUUCGGCAGUAUACAGUGGACAAAAGCACCAACUUAGGUGUACCUAAAAGGAAGGUACACGCCCAACCGGAUGCUUUUGUCUAGCUUCUUUGCAUACUUUUUAAUAGGACAUGCAAGAAAUAUGUAGUAAAAGGCAACUUGUAAAUUUCAGAUAAUUUUGGUAGUAAACCUUCGCCAAGUGUUUUUCACCCGAUAUUAUAGAAACUAUAUCCAGAUUUCAGUCUACUAUGAGAUCAGUGGAAUUGUUCAUUUCAUACGAAAUUCCAAAGCCGAGAGCUAGAGUCGCAACGAUACAGGUGCCCUGCGACUAAAAAGUUAAGAUUUCCAGAACAAAUGGGUGUUAAUAUGAAGUGUUCGCUACUGUUGUAGUCUAGAUCUUCUUGUGUUUUAUUUGCUGUAUGCCAAUCAUGCAGUAGUUACUAAACUUUACUAGUUGCAGAGAUUGGACACUAUAUGCCACCUUGACAUGCUUCCGACCCUCUCUCCUCCACAUGCAGAGGCGUGUUAAUUAAAAAACGCGGGCUAUAUAACUGUAAAAUGUGAGGCAUGCGGGUACGCUUUCACCAUUGCCUGCAUGCCUUAUAUUUUCCGGGUAUACAACCCGCGUUUUUAAUUAAAAAACUUCUGACCAUCACGACCUGGAUUCAGGGCCGUAGCUAAGCAUGCAUAGUUGGGGGGAGGGGGCAAAAAUUUCCGAAUGACGAAAAACAUUUCCGAAUAUUUCAUGGCAUACGAAGCCACGAAGGUGUUUGCUAUCCGGAAAAUGAAAACGCAAUUUACAAACAAAAAUACUCAUAUUUUACGCACAGACAUAUUACAGAAGCGUGCAGUUCCGUAGGAAGUUCUUUUUGAUAAGGGGGUGGCGAGGGCCGAAGGCCCGAGGAAAUUUUUAAAUUUAGAGUCUCUGAAAUGCCAUUUCGUGGACUUUGGGGGAAGUUUUGACAGAAUUCUGAUGGUCAGAAAACAGAGUUUUAGCACGUCGAAAUCUACAAUUAAUUUGCUUACAAUUUAGAAGAACUAAAUGGGCGAAGGCGUAUAUGGGUAAUACGAUUCUUUGCGGUUUGUCAUGGGUAAUGUAGCCGCUUAAAAUUAAUCAAUUGUCAGUAUUUUAAAGAUAUAUUGAGGACUGCCCCCUCCCCCCACCCGUUGCUACGGCCCUGGGAAGUAAUAAACCGAAAAACAUUUACCGAUCUACGAUUUGUUAAAUGUUAUCCAUGUAAAUGCCGUGAUUUUGUAAAUCAGUUUAUGAUGCUGACAAUACAAUUUUAUAAUAUUUUCUCUGUUUAAUUAAACAACUAAAAUUUUGUUAUACUAUUACUGCCGUAAUUUUCCGAAUGACCAACCUGAUUUUCCGAAUAUGUUAAUUCUAAAAAAGUUGGGGGGUUAACCACCCCCCAAUACCCCCCUUCGCUACGGCCCUGUCUGGAUUGUACGCGUCUUAUACUUACAUCUAAAUGCAACAUAUACUUGUAUUUCAGAGAUUGUUCAAGGUUCCAGCAAGUGAAAGUCAGAGGAAGAUUCCUUACAGUCGUGUCCAACACACUAAGUACAUGGUCACUGAUAAUGCUGCGUAUGUCGGAACAUCUAAUUGGUCAGCAGAUUACUUCGUGAGCACUGGUGGUAUUGGUUAUAUCAUCAAUCAAACGUCUCCUGAUGCGAAGAAUCCGUUGUACUCAGAUACUAUCCAGAGACAACUAGAAGAUGUGUUUUCCCGUGACUGGAACUCCAAUUACACAAAAUCAAUUUGGGAGUAUUGAUUUGGAUUUACAGUCAUGGCAAUGGAAGUGUUUCUAAAAUAUUCAUUUACUCACCCAAACCAAUUCAUUUGAGACAUAUGACCAAAUAUCUGCCACUUGUGUAUUUGAUCAUUUCUGCAGGUCACUUACUGCUUCUUUAUGAUUGGUCAUUUGCACGAAAACCAAAGGUGAUUGCUGCAUUCAAUAGGAAGUCUAUCAAUUAUACCGGAAGUUGUCAAAUUUUCAAAUGACUGAUCAAAUGAAUUUGUUCGUGUGAGCAAAUGAAGUGAUAGAAUAUUUUAGGAAUACUUCCAUUGCCAUGGCUUUAAGCCCUGAGUAAACCCGGAAACAUUGUUGUGAAAUUGCUGUCCUGUUUUCCCACUCUUGGAAUUGCCCAUCUUCGGAAAACAUAUGGCCAUGAGAUGUUUGCUAUUUUAAAUAUCAGAUUUUUAUCCUGUUUUACAAUAAAUAAGAAUUCAAUGAAAACACUCAGAGCACUGAACACGAUUUAAAUAAUUUUGCCAAGAUUUUUAAAACGUUUCCUAUAUUAAUUUGAUUUUUUUUUAAUUUGGGGGUUGGUUGGCUAAUGCACCUUAUGAUUUUGUAAAAAUGUCUUAAAAAUAGUAAUUGUCUAUCUCCAAGUUAAUGUACUUUAAAUUUUGUGAAUAGUUGAUGAAAAGAUGUGUAGAGUUUGUACUGUGUAAAUAUAAAACGACUGCAUGAUUGUGAAAGCAUAAACAUGCAUGAUAAAAUUUUGUGAUGGGAUCUAUUUUAGACGUUCCAUUUUUGACGUAUGUGAUGUACACACCGGCUGUCAUCAUGCACCAAAUGAAAAAAAAAUGUUGGCAAUAAGGGACUUCGUUGCAAUGUGCAGGGUAUUUUUUUGUUUAAUUAAAAAUGCUAGGUUUUCUCAAAAAACUGUGAUCAGUGCGACUUGUUCUUAGCAAAGAUGAUAAUUUCUAACUCCUAUAGCGUUUACAGAACACACUAUAUUAAGAAUGUUUUACGCUUUGUUAAAGCGCGGGAAUAGCUUCAUCAAACACAAUUUCUAUGAGCAUUGUUUUCUGUUGUUCACUGCCCAAUAGUUGCUUUCGUUCAUACGUCAUGUACGCAUUCCAUAGAA